AUGCGGCGAGCGGCUUCGGGGGCAGCGGCCAUGGCGCUGCUGCUCACAAUCGCGUUGCUCAUGCAGGAAGGGCGACGAGAGGAAGAAGAGCAAGUGCCGGAAGACGUGGGACAGGUGAAGAUACAGCAUGAAUCUCUCGAUCGUGGGGAGAAGGAGCUGAAAUGGCCGAAAUGGAGACAAAGUUUUUCAUGGCCGGGGAGGAAGGGAGUGGAGGAGCUUCAGGAAGAUGAGAAGGGAGGAGGAGGGAAGUACUCGAGAACUCAGUUGCUGCUCUCGGAUGACAGGAAAGCGCUCGCUCUCUCCCGCCUUGCGAGGAAGAACAUGCAAGACUUGAUGAGAGAGCACAUGGAUGGAAAAGCUGCCAUUGAGGGGAGGCUGCUGAAGGAAGAGGCUUCUCGACAGAUCGACCAUGAAGAAGCGCAGGAUCUGGAAGCAGAGCGUCUGAGGUCAGCGAUCCAUGCUUUCGAGCAUGGCGUGCCUGCGGACAUCGCGCGCAAGUUCUCCAGGGUCCGCUCCGAGCUCAAGUCGUCGGCGCAGGGUGUCGGCAGGUAUGCAGCAUCGUCCUUGAAGAGUGCGCAGAGGGACUUCGAGAGUGCGCUGAAGGGAUCCAUGGCGAGGGGGAGGCAGACGCUCCAGUCCUCUGCUUCCUACAACCGCGAUCGGUAUCCCUCCGGCUACAUCGACUGGCAAGCCCGUUAUGAGAGGUGCUGGCCGCAUUGUGCGCCUGAAGACAAUGUGUACGAUCACAUCAGGACAUGGAAGUAUCCGUAUGAUGAGCGGCAUGGUGGGCACGAGUGGAAGACAUGGAGGAUCAAGCCGAGUGGGGUGGAUCGGGCGUACCAGAAGGCGGAGCAGAGCGGGAGGAGGGAGCAUAGGAGCAAAACGCCCUUGUAUCCUCGCAUGAAGGCGAGCGCUGGUUUCGAUAUGAAUGUGUACUGGACGCAAAGUCAGGUUGACCUCCAGUCGGCCGUGAGUGUGGCGGCAGGAAAGAGCAACGUGUCCUUGUACACAGCACAUGUUGACCUCGCUGAUCAGCAGCCUUUGCUCAAUUCUGUGAGCGAGAGCACCAAUGGCCUUGUUGUCUGGAGUGGAUUUAUCUUUGUCAAUGCUGGUGGGGAGUACACCUUCACUCUGAACGCAGACAGCGACUCUGCAAUCUGGAUAGACCAUCAACAAGUGACAGCAACAGAUGGCGGUAAAGGCACCGCGACGACAUUUCUCCUUCCCGGCUUUCACUUCUUCAAAGCAAUAUUCUGCAAAGUCUCAGACCGUCACGUCAUGACUGUGAGGUCUUUCGGCCCGGACACCGGCGGCGUGGAGAAACUCGUGGAGGGUUUUCACGACUUCAACCAACUUCCAAGCCCACAGGAGCCACACGAGAGUCCGGCAUCGUCACAGGCGUCCGCCCCCCAUCAAGAUCCCGACGCCCCGGCAAGCUCCCACUCGUCGUUCCAUCACGUCGAACCUGAAAAGAACGUUUGGGAUCAUAUCACCGACCAGUUUGACUCGCCAUCGAGCGGGCGCCGCUGGUCUGAUCCUGCAAGUGAUCCUCAAGGAUACUACGACAAUGUCCUUGGGGAUGGCAACGAUGGCGACUUUGUCCCCCUCUUCCAGGAAGUUCCAUCCCCUGAUCCCACCGCUCCUCCUCUGGACCCUCCUACUCCUCCACCGCAGGAUCCUCCUUCUCCUUCUCCGCAGGAAGAGCCUCUUCCUGCUCCAGAGAACUCCCCUGCUACCUCACAGGAUCCUGACGCCGACGAAGCAUCAGAGUCGGUCGCAGGAGGCAGCAGCUCCAGGCUGAAGAUGAAGGGGAAACUUGAGAUCCUCCAUCAGCUCGCUAGCAGGAAGGCCGCGGCAUCUUUGAAGAUACCCAUGGUCCGAACAAGCCCGGAGGCUCCGGUUGCCAAGAAGUCCAGCAGGAGCUCAGCUCUGAAUCAGCCACAUCAUCAGGCCGUGGGACGGAAGGGCAUGAAACAGACUUCGAAGCUGAUAGCUGUUGGAGGAUGGGACGCACAAAGUGGCCAGGUUCAGCAGGAGAACAUCAAGCAGAUGAAAGUUGUCGGUCUCGGGUCGACCAGCGGUCCUUUAUCCUCGGAGUCACAGCUCCUGACAAGUCGUCAACCCUGUAGAGGUGCUAAGCAGACCUACGACAAGGGACUUUCUUAUUGUUUGCUGUAA